AUGGCUUCCUCAUUAAGAAGGAAAGAUGGAUGGUGGGAAGCUAAAGGAAGCGAUGGUAAUCAAGGGCUAGUCCCAUCAACAUAUUUAAAGGUUCCUGAAGAUAUGAAACGUUUAAUUGAUGAUUUGCUGCAAACAACGAAUAUUCAGGAAAAGAACCCUUGGAGUCAUCUGAAGUUUUCUUUAAACCAAGCUCAUAGUUUUAGCACAGCAUUAGAAGGCUUUGGAGCCUUUCCAGUUGGGUUUCGUGCUUCUAUUCUUGCUGAGUUAUCUGCUCAAGAUGAAACAUUGAAAACAGGAGACUUCAUGAUUCCAAAAUUAAAGGAUUCUGGACUUGCUUUUGAAGAAGUUAAUUGGGAUAGUUUAUCAUUAUCUGUAAUACCUGUUACUACUAUGCUUGAAAAAGUUAUUGAACUUGUUGCUAUCAGACAGGUUAUACAACAACCAUCUGGGUAUGUUGUCACUAGUCAUCAUGUACGUAUGUGCCUUCAUGACGGAAAUAAGGUUCUCAGUAAUAUUCACACAACAAAAGCAAAAUGGGAUCCAAAAGCUCCUAAAAUUUGGACAUUUAGCAUAAAGGCAUCCAAUGACUUUUCAUGUGUAAAUGAAGGGCAGAUCUUUCUCAGAAGUAAUAAAAUUUGUGCAACUUUAGGCAUAUUAUUUGAGCUGUGUAUCUCUACCAAAAAGAAGGAUUUGGAGAUAGCUGAAAUGAGUUGCGGUUGGGCUUUCAUGAGACUUUUAAAUGAUUCUGGUGUACCUGUAAAAAGCAAAACAAAAAUUUUGAAAGUUUAUGAUAGCUAUCCUUUCUCAAGCAACACAUCACCUGCAUACAAGGGAUCUAUUGUGAAAAACAAGCAACCCAGAAUGGUUGUUUCAAUAACAAGCUUAAAACGAAGCUCCAGCCGAGCAAUUGGAUAUCUUCCUUGUACAUUAAUUGGCCCUGUGAGCAUUAUUCCAAUAAUGGCUAUGUAUAGAAAAGUAAUUUCCAAUGAUUUACUGGAAAGCAUAUCUUCUGAUGAAAAAAUUGUUUCACCUUUUCUUGUAAAUUUCCCUCGGAUGCUCAAUGAACCUGAUCUUGUAGAUGUUAUGUCAAAAUUAUGGGCUGAAAGAUCUAAAGCUCAAAAAAGAAAAGAGAGCAGUAAAGAAAGUGCCUUCAAAAAUUUAUUUAUGGAAACUGUUUUCCCUCUUCUAAAUUGCUGCAACCUUCCUACAUAUUCUAUUGGAAAUUUGGAAUCAAUGAAAGAAAGAAAAUCUGAAAUUAACAGGAUAAUGCAGUUGUUCAUGCAGAAAAAUGAUUUCAUAGCAUUGUCAUCCAACAUGGAAUAUAGACCCCUGAGAAUUGAAGAUAUGUGCGCAAAACUUGUAUAAAAGAAAAUAAUUAAAUUAUCUUUAAUAUAAACAGACAGAAAAUAAUCCUCAUUUCUGCUUUUUUGGUUCAGUACAUUUCUGAUCCUGUGAUCAGGGUUGUCCUAUUAUGUCCACCCUGGAAAAAACCAUGCCAGACAAAAUGUCAUUUUCUCCACUUUUUCGGUAAACUGAAAGGUUUUAGUUAAAAGUUUUAAAAUAAUAAGUAAUUAUAUAGAUUCUUCCUAUUCAAGUAAUAUUUUAUAAAAAUAGCAUAC